AUGAAACCCUUCAUACAUACAAUCUCAUAACUUUUUCCAAUUUCAAAUUGUUUCUUCGAGAUAUCAACAAAAAAAAAAAGAGGUGAUGGGAAAAAGCAAAGUGCUUGUGAUAGGAGGGACAGGGUACCUGGGGAAGAGAGUGGUGAAAGCAAGUUUAAUGCAUGGCCAUGAAACCUAUGUUCUCCAUAGGCCCGAAAUUGGUGUGGACAUAGAGAAAGUGGAGAUGCUAAUUUCUUUCAAAUUGCUAGGAGCACACCUUGUCCCGGGCUCGUUUAACGACCACAAGAGCCUUGUGGAGGCCGUGAAGCUAGUGGACGUGGUCAUUAGUGCCGUUUCUGGGGUCAACAUUCGAAGCAACUCAAUUUUGCUCCAGCUCAGACUUAUCGAGGCCAUCAAAGAAGCUGGAAAUGUUAAGAGAUUUUUGCCUUCGGAGUUUGGGACUGACCCAGCUAGAAUGGGGAGCGCCACCGAACCUGGAAAAGUGAUGUUCGACGAGAAAAUGGCUGUGAGGAAGGCCAUUGAAGAGAGUGGGAUACCUUUCACUUACGUUUCGGCUAACUGUUUUGCAGGCUAUAUGGUUGGAGGGCUUUGCCAAUUUGGGAAAAUACUUCCUUCAAGGGACUCCGUUGUCAUACAUGGAGAUGGCAACACAAAAGCAAUAUUUGUAGCAGAGGAUGACAUAGCUGCUUACGUCAUAAAGAGCAUAGAAGACCCGAGGACGCUCAACAAGACAAUUUAUAUUAGGCCACCAGAGAACAUUCUUUCACAGAGACAAGUUGUGCAGAUUUGGGAGAAGCUUAUUGGAAAAGAACUGGACAAAACUACCCUCUCCAAGGAAGAUCUUUUAGCCUCCAUCAAAGAUCUUGACUAUGCACAACAAGUGGGAUUAAGCCAUUACCACGAUGUAUAUCAUGAAGGAUGUUUGACAAAUUUCGAGAUAGGAGAAGACGAAGAAGCAUCACAACUGUAUCCAGAGGUCAAGUACACUACAGUCCAAGACUACCUCAAACGUUACGCGUAGCUCUUAAUAUUUCAUGCGUUUCAAAUAAAUCAAAAUGUAAUAUGUACAAGUUUCUCUACACACUACGUGGCUACUUAGGUAGGCAAUCAUACUUUUUUCCAAAUAAUAAUGCCUUCAAAUAUCAUAAUGUAUCAUGCAUUUGUAUUCGUAUUAUCUUGUUUUCACUAUAUUCCAUACCGUUGAAUUUAUCCUAAUGGUGUUCUUUAGUUUUUAA